UUUCUAGAGUACAGUAGUUGUGGAUUUUGAAAAUUUUAGCUUUGUUUUAGUUUCCGAGGGAAAUCUUGUUUUUUCUAUCGCUUUGUUUCCAGAAAUAGGUCGCUUUUUCUAUGGCUUUAAUCCUCUCGGAUACUUCACCGGAACGGAACCCUAUGAUUUUGAUUCCGGUUUUGAUUUUUAGAUCUUCUGUAAUCCAAGGAGAUGGAAGGAUUUUUCCCACAAAAAAAAUGUUUUCUUUUUCUUUCUGUAAUGUGAAAUUUGGUAGUAAAAAACAUAAACAAAAAAAUUAUAUUCCGACAAUAAUGAUACGACAUCAGGUCAGAGUUAAAAAUGUCAAAUUGACGGAUAAAAAAAAAGGGGCUUGCUUCUUCUUCCUCUCUCUCUCUCUGUCUAUCGUCUUCGCCGAAAUCCCUAAUUAAUUUGUUCCGACCACCAAUCAAUUUCCCGCCAAAGAGAAUGUGGACGGUCAAGAAAUGAAGCCUCAUAGUGAAUUCCAAUCGGCACAUAGCUGAGACUUUCGAGCUCUCUCGCAAUCUCCGUCCUUUACCGGCAAGGUUUUUCCUUUUUUUUUUUUGUGUGUUUUAGCUGUGUGCUUCGCUGCCGAUUCGUUAGUCGCCGGUCGCGUCGACGGGAAUGGAAAGUGCAGAUACUGAGCUUAACAGUUUCAACAACAUGGUCGCGAAAGCAUAUCCGAUACGGAUCUUGAAUCACAACAACGGCAUAAACGAAGACGAACAAGGAGGCUCAAGAGUCGAACCUUACGUGGGUCUCGAGUUCGACACAGCAGAGGAAGCUCGUGAGUUCUACAACGCUUACGCUACGCGAACGGGUUUUAAAGUUAGGACUGGUCAGUUGUAUAGAUCAAGAACAGACGGUACAGUUUCGUCGAGAAGGUUUGUUUGCUCAAAGGAAGGGUUUCAGUUGAAUUCAAGAACCGGAUGCACCGCCUUCAUUCGCGUUCAGAGACGAGACACCGGGAAAUGGGUUCUUGACCAAAUCCAGAAAGAGCAUAACCAUGAGCUUGGAGGUGAAGCUCAUGUUGAGGAGACGACGACUCCACGUCCAUCAAGAGCCCCUGCUCCUACGAAGCUAGCUGUAACUGUUAACCCCCAUAGACCCAAGAUGAAAGUUGUUGAUGAGUCCGAUAGAGAAAAACGGUCAAGCACGGGCUCUUUCAAACGUUUAAAAGGAGGAGGAGGCGGUGGUGAAGGAGAAGUGAGCAAUGGUCAUCACGCAACGCAGCAAACUAAGGCAGUUUCUGGUAGCGAGCCUUACGCAGGGUUGGAGUUUGGUUCGGCUAAUGAAGCUUGUCAGUUUUAUCAGGCGUAUGCGGAAGUUGUUGGGUUUAGAGUUCGGAUUGGUCAGUUGUUUCGUUCGAAAGUCGAUAAUUCGAUCACGUCGAGACGGUUUGUUUGUUCUAGAGAAGGGUUUCAGCAUCCUUCGAGGAUGGGUUGUGGAGCUUACAUGAGGAUCAAAAGACAAGACUCUGGUGGUUGGAUCGUCGACCGUCUCAAUAAAGAUCAUAACCACGAGCUCGAACCGGGGAAGAAGAACGAAGAAGGGUUGAAAAAGAUACCGGACGACGUUACUGGAGGAUUGGAUUCCGUUGAUCUUAUUGAGCUUAAAGAUUUCGGAAACAAGAAAAUCCGAGAAAACAGAGUCGGUAAAGAAUGGUAUCCUCUGCUUCUUGACUACUUUCAGUCUAAGCAAACGGAAGACAUGGGGUUCUUUUACGCCGUCGAGUUGGAUGUCAAUAACGGAAGCUGUAUGAGCGUUUUCUGGGCGGAUAGUCGAGCAAGAUUCGCUUGCAGCCAGUUUGGUGAUUCUAUUGUUUUCGAUACUUCAUACAGAAAAGGAAACUACUCUGUUCCGUUUGCUACUUUUGUCGGUUUUAACCAUCAUAGGCAGCCAGUGCUUCUCGGGUGUGCCAUGGUUGCUGACGAGUCUAAAGAGGCUUUCUUGUGGUUGUUUCAGACAUGGCUUCGUGCCAUGUCGGGUCGUCGUCCAAGAUCCGUUGUAGCUGAUCAAGACUUGCCUAUCCAGCAAGCUUUGUCCCAAGUCUUUCCUGGAGCGCAUCAUCGGUUCUCAGCUUGGCAGAUUAGAGAAAAGGAACGGGAAAAUCUCAGGCUGUUUCCAAGCGAAUUCAAGUAUGAAUACGAGAAAUGUAUAUAUCAGACACAGACAAUAGUCGAGUUUGACUCAGUUUGGAGCACGCUCAUCAACAAAUACGGUCUUAGAGACGACAUUUGGCUCAGAGAGAUCUACGAACACCGCGAGAAUUGGGUUCCUGCGUAUCUAAGAGCAAGUUUUUUUGCCGGAAUCCCAAUAAACGGAACCGUUGAGACCUUCUUCGGCGCUUCACUUGACGCUUUAACGCCUCUCAGAGAAUUCAUUUCACGAUAUGAACAAGGUCUCGAGCAGAGACGUGAAGAGGAAAGAAAAGAGGAUUUCAAUUCUUACAACUUGCAGCCGUUUCUGCAGACGAAAGAACCAGUGGAAGAACAAUGCAGAAGGCUCUAUACGUUAACCGUCUUCAGGAUCUUCCAAAAUGAGCUCGUCCAGUCUUACAAUUACCUUUGUUUAAAGACUUAUGAAGAAGGAGCAAUUAGUAGGUUCUUGGUGAGGAAAUGCGGGAACGAGAGCGAGAAACAUGCCGUGACUUUCAGUGCGUCGAAUCUCAAUUCGAGUUGCAGCUGUCAAAUGUUUGAGCAUGAAGGAUUACUCUGCAGACAUAUCCUGAAAGUGUUUAAUCUCUUGGACAUUAGAGAGAUCCCGUCUGGGUAUAUACUGCACCGAUGGACCAAGAACGCAGAGUUUGGGUUUGUGCGUGAUAUGGAAUCGGGAGUGAGUUCUCAGGAUCUUAAGGCUUUAAUGGUUUGGAGUCUAAGAGAAGCUGCUUCCAAGUACAUAGAGUUUGGGACUUCGUCUCUGGAGAAGUAUAAGCUUGCUUAUGAAAUUAUGCGUGAGGGUGGGAAGAAACUUUGUUGGCAGAGAUGAUGCGCUUGGGGUGAUAGAUGGUUGACAUGUUAAUUCUCUUGUGUGUGUUUGUUUAUGUGGUUCCAAAAGGAUCUGAGAGAGUGUAACAGAUCAGAAUUAGGUUUUUGGGCGGAGGAAGAUACAGAUGAUGUUUUAAAGAAUCAAUUCGUUUGAUGCUAGUAGAAGCAUAGGAUGUAAUGUAAUAUCAUGUUACCAUCAAUUCUCUUUGUUCUUCACAUUGCACUAGUUAAUCAUUUCAGAUA